UACGUACGUUAUUACCUCUAUCUCACCCUUCUCUCUCUACCACUCCCUAAACCCUUCUUCUCCAUUAUUGUGUAAAUAAAACCCUAACAGGACAAUGGAGUUCUAUCAGACGGAUUUCGAUUGCCAAUGAAAUCGACGGAUUGCACAAUGCCGUUCUAUCAGAUGGAUUCUCAAGCAUUUCUGGUACAAAUUCGACGUCAAGAGGACCUUUUGAAAUCGAAAAGAAGAUGGCUGCUGGGGCUUCCUACAUCUGCGUCUAGACACAAGUAUUCUGAUCAUUCAGAGUUUUUAAAUAAACGAAACUUGCCUGAAUCGUUGCUGAGAGAAGAUGAUGUUUUUUAUGAGACUGUCAAAACAAGAGUUGAAGAAGCAUUUGGAGCGUUAAAUGUUGAAACAAGGCAUCUUGGUAUUCGAGCUGAUCGAAUAUUAGAAACGUGUAUAGUUGGAAAACUCAUAUUGUCGUGUCUCAAUGAUCUGAGCACCCGGGCACUUUACCUUCUUUGCUAUAAUAUAAUACUUACAGAAAACUGUGUCAAAUUGGAAAAAACUCGCUGGAAACUGAAAAGGGCCAUCAGAGAAAUUAUUCCAAAAGUUCUAAGAAGGAAAAGUCAAGAUAGCUGUUUUCGAGACCUGCCCACCCAAGUUCUCUUAGGUAUGCGUCGAAAGCUUGAAGGAGUUCGAUUUAUGCCUCAGAUGAAAGGUCACAGGCAUGGCUGUGGUCGUGAUCGUCUGAUUAAUCUUCUUACAAGAAUUAGUGAGAAGAUGCUUUCAUCGAUUGGUGAAGGAGAUGAAUUGCAAGAAUCACUUGCAGAAGCCACGACAGUGGCUGAUUUAUCACUCAAACUAGUACCAGGUCGCCAUAAUUCGUCCAUAAUUGAGUUUUAUCCCUUCUCACCCAAAAUAAAAACCGUGCACAAUGAAAUACUAAAAGCCAUAUGGUUUGUUAGAAAGAAAUAUAACUUUCAGAAGCUCAAACAGUUGAAGUAUUUGUUGGAUCCUGAUGCUAAAGUGACCAAUAGGCCAACAAGUGGGGAACAAGGACACCGAUUAUUUUGUUGGGUAAGAGCAUUACUAGUGAUACUGCAAAAACACCCUGUUUAAGUUCUUUCAACAUGUCAUGUCCAAUCCCGCAGAUGGAGCCUAGUAAACCAAGCACGUUUAAGAAUCAGUACCUUGUGGUUCAAGAAGCUUGUGAUGAAACUAGCAUGAUUGCUCAUAAUUUCAUUGGCCGCCUGCUAGAAGAGUCUGCAAAGAGUGGAGGCAUAGAGUUAGAUUGGUGUGUUAAUUUAUAUCCAAGUAGUAACUGUUCAAUUCAAGACAGAUUUCGGAGUGAUUGUAAACAUGACAAUAGUGAUUUUAACCAUUUCAAAACCAUUCUGAAGUAUUUUCCAACUCGUCCUCUUCUUAAGAAUGAUUUAUAUAUAUCACAUCUUUAUCCUAAGAUUCAAAAAGCUUGUGCCUUUGUAACAUUUUAUAGUUACAAAUAGACCACACUAACGCAAUGGCUUUCUGGCACAGCAAGAGAGAAAGUAGAAUGGCCGGAGAAGAAAAGGUUUCAUAGUUAGGGAAGCUGAACAUACUCUAGAAGAAUUAUUUCUUCUCUACAUCGCUCUCGCUCUUGCUAGUACACAAUUUCAUUACUGAGACGAACUUUCAAUCGCCCUGGCAUUUGAUAGAUCUUUUUUAAAGUAAUAGCGCUUCUAAUCGGUAUUCAAUCUGCAAUGUGGAUUUCCAACUUGGAUGCAAGUUCUUCUGGUUGCGUUGAUGGUGAAAGCUUGAUAAAGUUGAGGUACAAAACAGUUGAAGCAAAGAAGGGUGGGCAGUAAGAACGGGCUUUCCAGUUUUAGAGAUCAUGAGCACAAUAAAUGGAGGGGGAACUAUUGAUUUGGUUAUUACUAUUAUUGUUUUUUUUUUCCUUGUUUGCUUCUAUGCAAGUUGAAUGUUUACGAGGGUUCUGAUUUCUGAAUGUAAUUACAGUUUAUUUUCAAUACACAGAAAAUAUCUUUCUUUUU